AUGAUUAAAUUAGAGGCGCACACCUUUAAUCAUAAAAAUGGUUUGACACCAGCUUAAUUAUCGAAUAAGUCUCCCAUUGAUAUUGUUAGAUCGAAAAAAAUCAUUUUCAAACGAGAGUUGUUAAAUACAGAAUAGAAUUUUCUAGUUUAAACUGAUGAACAUUAAGAAAUUAUUUACAUUAAACCUGAUGUCCCAGAUCUAAUUAUGACCGAUCUUACCAACAUGGCAAUAUAAGAAGACAUCUCAGAAUAUCAAGCCCUGGAGUAUCACAAUAGAGCAGCCAAACUGUUAGAAUUUUAUACGCAGAAUCAGAUUCAAGUGUAAUACACAUCUGUUUUAUUCUCAAAAAUAAAUUAUGCCAUAAUCCUAAAGAAAUAUGCAGCCUAAAAUGAAGCUUUAGAAAUGUUGUUAGAUUGUGUCUAGAUUCUCAAGAUUAAAGGAUAGACUCUUAAAAAAAAUCCACCUGAAAGUUUGAGCUUAGCCAAAACCAUAUAAAAUAAACUAUUGAGAUUGAGACUCAUCUUUUAGAUCACUCUGCUAUUUUCCGAAACCAAAAAAAAUAAACAGGCCUUGGAAAUGGCCAAGAGUGCCUUAAGGAUAUUAAAGAGCAUUAUAUAGAACACCAUUAAAUUGUGUUAACUCACAACUGGAUCAUCAUCAGUCAAUAAAAAACAACGUGCCAAUUCUGAAAUCAGUUCUCCUUUGCAAAAAAACCAAGCAUAAAAUCCCCCUCAACAAUAAUCCUAAAUCCUGUCUUAUCCUUAAAUUGUCGAGGCAGUCUUCAAAGAAAUACUGAUUUCUAUUAAAACUAUGCUGCCAAAUGAUGACAAGUCUCACGAGGUCAUGAGCACUCAAAAUUUAAUGAUUCGUAACUUCUAAAAUAGAAGUCAGUCACUCUUUGCCUCUGAGUAUGUCUUUCAACCGCAAAAUAAUCAACAAAAUAAAUUAUUCACUAUUAUUGAUGAUACACACCCUAUGUUACAAAUGCAAAUUCUAGGGUUGAUGUAAUUAACUUAUGUAGAUUUAGAGGAGUUAUUCCCUAUAAAUAGUUUUGAGAUGGUGAUGGCCGAAGAAGUCAUCCUAGAAUUAAUAAUGUUGACAGGAUUAAGCUUCUAUAGUAUUUCAACAGAACUCAGAUUCAUCAACAAUCAAUAAAACAAAUUAACAGUUGAAAUCUGGCUGGGCAAAGCAGUGGAGAUAUUCUACACAUAUGUGCCACAUUCAAGUGCAAUCUUCAAUUAGAUUUAUCAGGUCUAUCAAAAAUUAUAUGGAGUCGACAAAUAAUCUAUUCCAGAAGAUGAAGAAGUUGAAUAUCACACCAAAUUAUUGAAACCUCAUCCUUAUAACAACAAAUCCACCCUCUCUAACAAAGUUGUCAUCAUUAUCAAGGUCCCCAAUCAUAACAAACAGUCUAAAGAAACAGAAACCAAAUAAUCUCAAAAUACAUAAACAACAUUCCAAAAGAUACAAUAAACCAUAUUAGCUAAGAAGUAAGCAAUGCUUCCUCAAAAACAUAUCUUUACCUAGCCUGAUACAGAUAAAAAAUUCGAUACUUGGCAUGAUGAAACAGAAAAGUCUCCUCAACAAUAGUAGAAACUAUUUAUUUAAAAACAUAAUAAAUCUCUAAACUCUACUGACAUAAGACAGAGAGUGGAAAUCCUAAUGAAUUAAAUACUUAAUCAACAAGCUAAAUUGACAUAAGAAAAACUAAAAUAGAAACAUACUCCUAUAACUAUCUUAAAACAAAAGUACUAGGCUGCAUCUAAAGUUCAGGAAAAUUAAAAGACUUUUAAUCCAUUUAUGACUUCUUAAUUUAAAACCACUAUCUCUGCUAGUAGAUCUCUUUCCAAUUCUAGAAAAGCUAGCUAAGCCAACUUAAAAAGUUAAUCUAACGGUGUCAAAACUGCAUAAAUGAGAUAUCGCACUCAAAUAAGCACUAUUACUGGAGAUGAUUCAUCUAAGUAGCUUGCUUAACAAAUUUCUACACAAUUGGCUAGUCUUAAUCGUUAAUCUAAUAAAGGAUUCCUCCAAAAGAGAAGUGAGUCUGUUAAAAAGACAAAAAUUCCAUUUCAAUAACGUUGAAUUACUUAUUAAAUUAUUUAAAUUUACUCUUUUUU